GUUUUCACAACUUUUCCUACAGCUGAGACUCGGGAGAAUUUAGAAAUUUAGAAAGGAGAAUAAAAAUUAAAGAGUCAAAAAUAAACAAAAAAUGGGACAAAUUCACGAAGAAGAAAAAACAAUAAUAAAAAUUGGAAAUAAAUUAUUAGACAGAUAAUUGGUGAACAUAAUAUUCUCUUUUCCUAGCUAUUGAAUUUUUUUUAUCUGCAGAAAUUCAGAAGACGAUGAAAAUUCAAGGCAUUCCAAUGAAAAUUGAAAAGAUGAUAUAAAUUUUCUUUAAUCAGAAAAAUUUGAACACAAAAUCUGAUGAGCUUAAAAUAGAUGAGAAGGCAGACAUGCAUUUUAAGCCAACUUGGAUGAAUUUUGAUUGAGAAGAAGUGGAAUAAAUGAGAAUGUCUAACGAAAUGCCAUUUUCCUUCUACUUUCACAUUUUUUUAUUUUGAUUAGGAAGAGGUAAAAUAUUGCAAAAAAUAUCUAGAAAAUGCGACUUAUUUUUGACAUAUAUAUUUUACAUAUUUCAUAGAAAAAUUCACUUUGACUAAAAAUCGAUUUAUCCUUUGUCCGAUUCCGCCCAACCAGGAGAACUUUUAUCGUUUAAAUUAUUCGCCCCAAACUCGGAGCUUAUAAAACCAAACAGAACGAUAUAAGGGAAGUGGGAAGGCGGUACAAGGCACCACCUUUGGUUCAUAUAAAUAUGAAAUAUUGAAAUCGGAGCACAUUCACCGAAGAAAUAGGUACUGUUAACAAACACAAUGAGGGCAUUCCAAGCUUGUUUGGUCUUGGUUUUGGUAGCCUCUAUUGCUGCCAAACAAGACAAGAGAGGUUUGAUCCUUGGAGAUGCUGGUCAUGGUCUUGGAUUGGGAUUAGGCGGAGUUGGAAUUGGCAACUUGGGCUCUGGUCUUGUAGCUGACGGUCGUCUAGGUCUCAACGGAGCAGGUAUCGGUCUCAACGGAGCAGGUAUCGGUCUCAACGGAGCCGGCAUCGGUCUCAACGGAGUUGGUAUCGGUCUCAACGGAGCCGGCAUCGGUCUCAACGGAGCCGGUAUCGGUAUCAACGGAGCAGGUCUCGGUCUUAGAACCGGAAUCCGUACCGUCUCGUCUUCAGCCUCAGUCAUCGACCGCGCAGUCGCCAUCCCAGUACCGGCUCCAGUCCCAGUCGACGUACCACGUCCAGUAGCCGUUCCAGUUUCGGUACCCAGACCCGUCGACGUGCCACGCCCUGUAGCAAUCGACGUCCCACUACCACAACGCGUUGACGUACCACGUCCAGUACCAAUCGACGUUCCAAGGCCCAUUGCUGUACCAAGACCAAUUGGUGUACCAGUUGACCGUCCACGUGCCGUAGGCGUAGCAAUUCCCUCUCCCGUAGCCGUAGACGUUCCAGUAGCUACUCCCGUAGGAAUCCCCACUCCCGUUAACGUAGGAAACAUUGCAGUGUCCGCAGGACGCGGAAUUGGACUCGGUGGUCUUGGCGGAGCCGGAAUUGGACUUGGAGGUGCCGGAAUUGGACUCGGCGGACUCAACGGAGGAGGAAUUGGCCUCAACGGAGGAGGAAUUGGCCUCAACGGAGGAGGAAUUGGCCUCAACGGAGGAGGAAUUGGCCUCAACGGAGCAGGAAUCGGACUUGGCGGACGAGGAAUUGGUCUUAACGGAGGUGCAAUUGGUCUUAACGGAGCCGGUUUAGGUUUGGGAGGUGGAUUAGGUGGUCUUGGAGGUCACGGACGUUUACACUAAAUUUAAAAUUAGUCAAUGACUGUUAAAAUAAUCUAAAUCUCUAUUUAGAUUUUCAUUUUGUAACAAAUUGUAAAUACAUAAUAGAUUUUUAAAUAAAUUAUUAUUUUUAACUAAAAGAAUGAAGCAUUGUUGUGCGCUGUCCAUUUGUUUAAGUUUAAGAUCGCCAUCAAGAAUACAGUUACCUCAAAAAUACGUUUUUGUGUUUUUUUUUUAGAGAAAAUAGAUCCCUGUAUCAAUAAAUUGGCUUAAGCAAUACAAAGAAAAUACUUAACCUUCACAAAAUCAGACUUUACC